AUGAGAAGACGCCGGCCUAUCAACGCCGUCUAUGACAACGGAGAAGAAAUGUUCCUCGGAUCAUGCGACAGUAGAGGAGUCGGCGGCGUCGGCGUUCUCGUCAACACAAGUUUGUCCAUGAACAUCGAUUCAUUCGAACAACUUACAACCCGAAUCGGACGUUUACGAAUAAAAAGACGUAGAUCAUUUCCACCCUUGUCAAUUUUCGUCGUUUACGCGCCGAGAACAAACUAUGACGAAGAAGAAGUCGAAGCGUUCUAUAUGGACUUGGAGAAGUUCCACAGAGAAGACCACACAUUCUUCAAGGUUAUCAUUGGAGAUUUCAGCACCAAGAUUGGACUAAGAAGAACGUCUGAACAAUGUCACAUUGGGACCCACGGAUUGGAAUGGAACGAACUGGGUGAGAAGCCUUCUGAGUUCAUCACUACCGACCAAGACAAUCCAUGGUAA